GUCUCGUCUUCAUAAGGUUGUUGGUAACCGUGCUGCUAUCUCGGUAGAUAUCUUCUGCCGGCAUGAAUCUCGGGGACGCCCCUGCUUGUUUGAACUUGAAAUUGGAAAACCCAAGUUUGAUUGUUACUCAGUCAUGGUGUUAAGAAGAAUCCAGCAAAGCAGCUGUCCCUCAGGCCUAGAGCGGCUAAACAUCCUGAGCUCCAGGCAGCCGUCCCUGUGUGGGAGGAUUUGCAGGGAGAGGAGCGUCCAGGCCCGGCAGCAGGCGGGGAGGCACAGAGCAACCAAGAGCAAGGCAGGAGGAGCAGCCGCCUCCUUCACUUCCAACACCAACACCACCGGGGGGAGACACCACCUCUGACAUCACCAAGACACAUGAGCAUCACAAGAGGGCAACGUCAAAGUUGUGGCCAAGGUGAAGUCAGACAGACACAACAAAUCACUACUGUUGGAUCCAUUGAGAGCCAAUGGGAAAACAGCACAGCCUCAGAAUAGAGGGACACGAGCCGGUGGAAAGGGUGGACUAAAAGACACGCUGGCCAGUGGGGAUGCAGGACCGAAGGACAGCGUGGUGUGUCUGACCAGUGAGCAGCUACAGCAGAUCCUCCACACGGUCCAGACCAACGGCCAACACCCAGCAGACGACCACAGGACCCAGGGUAGUGGUAGUGAUGGUAAUAUAACAAUGACCGUGGCUACAGACGUAUCAUCGCUUCCCUCCUUAUCGUUGUCUGGAUGUCCAUUCAGCUGGCUGGAGGAGCGACAGUCAGACAGCAGAGCGGCCAUCGGCGCCAAGAAGGCUCAGUGGAGGAGAGAACUAGAUGAGCAACUGGCACUGAAGCAGCAGCAGCAGCAGCAGCAGCGUUCGGCUCCUGGCAGACUCCAGGCUGAGGAGGACACAUUGAGUGUGUUCUCAGUUCAGACCUCCGUCAGCCACAGAGAUCAGCCUGCGGCCAUCAGAUCCAGCCUCAGACUCGGGGAGGGUCACCCGAUGGAGGAGGUGCUGAAUGUCGAGAGGAAAGAGGAGCAGAGGAGACGCUGGCUGGAGGAGCUGGACCGGCAGAAAGAGGAGACGAGUGAACGCAGGAGACGAGAGAAAGUGCUGCAUAGCCAGACGGAGGACCACGAGCUCUGGGCCGCACACUUUGACUCUCUGCAGAGACGGCCUCCUGUGCAGACUGCAACUCCAUCAGCUCCAUCAGCUCCACCUCCAGCCCCGUCAAAUGGCUCUGAGCGAGGGGAGUGGGAGCCCUCGUCCAGCCUGUCCCUGGUCUGGGAUGCCAUGAGCAGCUGUGGAGCAGAGAGUGUAGGGGGGGCCAGCAUAGAUACCACCAUCGGAUACCCGUCCAUAGCCAGCCAUCUGAGGACCAUGACCGCCCUGCUGGACCCCGCCCAGAUAGAGAGAGAGAGGAGGAGGCUGAAACAGCUGGAGCAGCAGCGAGCGAUCGAGGCCCAAAUGGAGGAGCGUCGGCAGCAGAGGGAGCGAGAGGAGGCGAGGAGGAGAAAGGAGGAGGAGGAAGAAGAGAGGAGGGUGGCGCAUGAGAGGGAGAUGCUGGAGAGAAUGCACAAGCUGGACACACAGAGGGAGAGGCAGAAGUCGAGCCACCAGGCAGAGCAGCCAAAGACAGACCAAGAUGCUGGAGGACAUCAGGAGACGCUGGAGCCCAGCGCAGUUACCAGGCAGGGCGAGUCUUUGGAGGAGGUCAAUUGUUCAGCCUCCCCGUACAAAGACACUGCUGUACAGACAGAAGCAGCUCCCUCUCUACCGCUCAGAGUUCACACUUCUGACGUCUCUGCACAGUACCAGCCCCCUCCUUCUCUGUCUGCUGCUCCUCCAAACAGCAGGAACCGCGCAGUGAGAACAGGCAAGGAGAACAUCUGUCUGCCAGGAGCAGGUGGAGCAGGAGGAGGAGGAGGAGGAGGAGGAGGAGGUGGAGGAGGAGACCCCUAUGAGGCGUUUGCCAGGACAGAUAGGAGCAAGAGAGACAAGAGGAGGCCGGAGUGGAACACACAGAGGCCCAGCCGUCGGUUCGUUCCAGCCUCGGAGCGUUACCCGGCCCCUCUGCAGAGGAACAGACAGGAGAAUCGACAGAGGAGGCAGGCUGAGCUCCUCGCUCUGCAGGAGAGGACCUGUCUGUCCAGGACCGACCCUCCUCCUCCUCCUCCUCAUCAGCACCAGGAGCCUCGUCUCGGCUUCAACCCCACACAGACCAGAACCAGUCCCACCAGGAAGGUGGAGGGUGUUUCCAGAGGACACAGCAUCUCAGCAGCCAUCAACACUGAAAGGGGGCUCUCUCCUCCCGUCCCUGCUGUCCGAGACAGAAUUCAGAGUCAGCAGGCACCACCCUCCUCCAUAGCUCCACCUCCUCCUCUGGUCCAGGAGUUCAUUCCUUAUGUCCGGACUCAUGAAGUCUUCAACCUGGAUCCACUGGAGCCUGCUGACACCCCCCCACCACACACACACACAGAAGCUCCUCCGCAGAGCUCAGCGUCUCCUCCUGCUCCCUCACAUCGACUCCUCCCCCCUGAACUGCUUCGUAACACUCAAACUCACCGACAGCAGGAGAUCCUGAGAGGUCUGGCCCAGCUACGGCAGGGCUUAUUACAGAAGCAGAGAGAGUUGGAGACGGAUCUGAAUCCUCUACUGAAGCGCCACGACAACGAACACCGGCCGCCCUCGGCAACGCACCGCAAGUGACCUCUGACCCCUGCUCCGUGUGUUCCUGAGUCAGGGUGAAGAAGCGACACAACAGUGUUUGAACCAGCUGUCAUGGAGAACAUGGGAACGGGAAUGGGAGCUCUCUCAGUCGUCCAACACUUGGAGACUGGAUGUUCAAUGUACGGCAACGUGGAGUUUACUUAGAUUUUUGGGAGUUUUCAAAGUAAAGCUGAUCGUAUCAGAGUGAAUUUGACAGAUAAGGCCCAGACACACAAAGCCGACCUCAGAGAACUAGUGGCGAUGAAGACAGACUGUUGCGUUGCCUCACGUCAACUUUGUCAAGUUGCAUUUGAACACAACGCAAAGACUACAGCCGACGGCCAGUUAGCACCUUCUGCGCCUGCGUGAGAGGAAAUAACUCUCCACACCAGCAGCAAAGAGUACAGAAGCACAGUCUGUCACUGUGUUAUUCAACACAGACCAUUUCAGUAGAAUAUGACAAUAGAAUAGAAAACAAUUGAGUUCUUUUUAGGCGGACAUUUUACUGGCGUCGCUUUCUGUCCAAAUGGCGUAGCUUUGCUGCUGUGCGCGGAUGUUUCAAUGGAACGAGCAAUUGACUUUCACUUCUUGGCAAUAUAUGUUCUUUGCCAGCAGGCGGCGGUAGUCUGUAUUCAUCAUUCAAAAAGGGAAACCAGAAGACCCAGGACUGCGGAUAUACAAGGUACAUGAAACAAAGUAGCGUUUGUCAACCAUUUUCACGAAAAACUUAAAAAAUGAGAAGAGCCUUCUGUGUGUGUCGUCUUGACUUUACUCGUUGGCCUGCUUUCGUCACUUCCGUUUCUCUUCUCGCGCACUGAUUCGUUUAAGCUGAACAGCCAAUCACAGUGAUUUCUCCCACCAACGAGCUCUGCCGCUCCAAGAAGCUGAAUCGCCCGAAAAACCUCCAACACAGGCAGACUAGAGCCAAUGGUGCGGGACACACCGAAAAAAAACCUAGACCGACAGACGCUCAUCUACGGCCCCAAACUGUCCAACGGCCGACCGUCGGCUUGUCGUGUCAGGGCUCCUGAUUUGGGGCGGUAUGUCCCUCCUGUCAUGGAUAUCAGGAGGCAGAAGUGAUUGUUUUCUUUUUCCUGGCAGCAGCUCAGUAAAUCCAGCAACACAAGACUAUUUCCCAAAUCUUAGAAUGCACUUUGCAAUUCUGGUAUUUUCAGUGGUGAAAACUGCAUCUUCAGACUGAGCACAAAGUGUGUUGUGUGCGCAAAUGUUGCGGUCCGUGUUUAUUUACCACAAACAGCCAAUGCACCAUCAAUACACACAUUAGCUGUAGAGAGUCACUGCAAAAGAACAGAGAAUGAAUCUCAUGUUGGUUUGAAUUAGUUUGAACUUGAUUUUCUUCUUUUUUUUAAGUGACAUCCUUAUGUUGCAUCAAGAGCAAAGCAAAUUUUCACCACGCUUUACUCACGUGAGUUGGACCGCCGGGAUCAUUUGUGUUCAUUCGCGUCACUUGCGUUAGCUGUGACAGAGUUGAGAAUAGGCUUGUCUCCAUAGAUACCAACAACCUUUCUUUCCGCCAUUUCCACCAUCAACCAUGGAAGAAAUAACCACUGUUGCUGCUUUGUACAAGUUGUGGAAGUCCCAGAUAUGUCGGAAAACCAAACGUUGUCGUGUCUGGGUUCAUAACAUCACCCGGUGGCGAGCUGUAUUCACAUACAGCCUUUGCACUGACUGUAUGUAUUACACCACACCUGAUGUUAAAAUCUAGAAACAUGUCUGAAUUUCUUUUUAAAUAUUGAAAUAUUUAAGUGAAAAUGUGAGUUGCUGGUUCAACAUGAGAACUUGACGGAGCUUUUAACUUUCACUACAAACACCUCAGUAUUUGUAGUGAGUUCUACCUCACAUCAACACCUUGAUACCACCAAUGCUCCUCUGAAACUAAAACGCCGCUCAUGGUUUUGUUCAUUCAUAAGACAAACAUGUUGUGUCACGAACUGAAUUUAUGUGGGUUUUAGUAACAUUUAAUGUGAAGAUUGUAUUUAAAAAUGCUGUUUGUUUUAAUGCACUUUCCAAAAGAAUGACACUAUACCAAACAGGUAUUGAGUUUGACCUGUUCUUUGGAGCAUCCUUCCUGCAGAGGAGCACAGCACUUAUUUAAAUCAUGAAUGAAGGAUGGAUAAUUUUUUUGUUUCUUCAGCUUCCUGCUGGCCGAGGAGCUCUAUUUGUCUUUAUGCUUCUGUGUUGUGGGAUUGUUCUGGUUUUAUUGUAUUUUUGAUUAAUUGCAAAUGUAAUAAAUAAUGUAAAGUGUA